UUAUAAAGUAAAAAAGUUACAGUAAGCAAAGGUUUACUAUUGAAGAAAGAAAAGUAUUUUUUUAUAAAUUUAGUAUAGUAAGUAUACAGUGUUUUUAGUCUACAGUAGUGCACAGUAAUGUCUUAGGCCUUCCGCUUCACUCACCACUCACUCACUCACUCACUGAGUCAGAGCAACUUCCAGUCCUAUGAGCUCCAUUCGUGGUAAGUGCCCUAUACAGGUGUCACAUUUUUUAUCUUUUAUACCAUACUUUUACUGUACCUUUUAUAUGUUCAGAUAUGUUUAAAUACACGAAUACUUACCAUUGUGUUAGACUUGCCUACAGUAUUCAGUACAGAAACAUGCUAUACAGGUUUGUAGCCUAGGAACAAUAGGCUAUACCAUACAGCCUAGGUGUGUAGUAGGCCGUACCAUCUAUGUUUGUGUAAAUACACCGUGAUGUUUGCACGACGACGAAAUCGCUUAACAACGCAUUUCUCAGAGCGUAUCCCCGUCAUUAUGCAUAGACGCAUGACUCUAUGUAUAGAUUGUGAAAUGCUUACCACAAAGAGUUUAGUUAACAUCCACCAUCUCACAUAGUUACAGAAAAGGAAUGAACUAUUGGUACACAAAUAACAUGGAUGAAUCUCAAAAUAGUUAUGUUGAGUGAAAGAAGCCAGAUACAAAUGAGUACAUAAAAUAGGAUUUCAUUUAUAAAAGGCAAACUUAUUCAUAGUGACAAAAAGCAGAUCAAGGAUUGCAUGUGAAUGGGGUAAGGUAAGGGGUGGAUUUAAAGGGGCAGUAGGAAACUGGAGGUUGAUAUAUUCAUGAUCUUAAUUGUGAUGGUUUCACAGAUAUAUGUCAAAAUUCAUCAAGUUGUACACUUUAUUUAUAUGGAUAGUUUAUCAUAUGUUAAUUAUACCUCGAUACUGUUUUUAAAAAAUAGCUGGAGAAAAAGGACUGAUUACUUUCAAAGGAACAACAUACUGAUAGUUGACUUCUCAAGGAUAGCAAUAAAAGCCAGAAGAAAGUGGACUGUUGUAUUGUGUUUAAGGAAAACAGCUGUCAACCUGUAUGUGCGGUGAAACUAUCUUUAAAGAAUGAGACAAACACUGAAGAAAGUUCCCUAUCACUAUAGGUACUCAGUAAAGGCCCUCACAAAGUAUAAGCCUCAGAAAAAAGAAAAUGAUGGCAGAAGGAAGAUGCUGGUAGGCAUGAUGAGCGAAGGCGUGAGUAUGAUCGAUUGGGCUUCCUCUUGAAGCUGGACUCUAAACUGCCUCCUGAGUUAGCCACCAAGUACGCAAACUUUUCAGAGGGAACUUGCAAGCCUGGACAUGCUUCAGCCUUGAUGACUGCCAUCUUCCCCCGGUUCUCCAAGCCAGCACCCAUGUUCCUGGAUGACUCCUUCCGCAUGUGGGCUAGGAUCCAGGAAUUUGUGCCGCCUUUUGGGAUCAAAGGUCAAGACAAGCUGAUCAGAGCCAUCUUGUCAGUCACCAAAGAGUACCACCUGACCCCUGCCUUGGACAGCCUCAGUUGCCGCCGCUGCAUCAUCGUGGGAAAUGGAGGUGUCCUUGCCAACAAGUCUCUGGGGUCACGAAUUGAUGACUAUGACAUUGUGGUCAGACUGAACUCAGCACCAGUGAAAGGCUUUGAGAAGGACGUGGGCAGCAAAACGACCCUGCGCAUCACCUACCCUGAGGGCGCCAUGCAGCAGCCCGAGCAGUACGAACGGGAUUCUCUCUUUGUCCUCGCUGGCUUCAAGUGGCAGGACUUCAGGUGGUUGAAGUACAUCGUCUACAAGGAGAGAAUGAGUGCAUUGGAUGGCUUCUGGAAAUCUGUGGCCACUCGAGUGCCCAAGGAGCCCCCUGAGAUUCGCAUUCUCAACCCGUAUUUCAUCCAGGAGGCUGCCUUCAACCUCAUCGGACUGCCCUUCAACAAUGGCCUCAUGGGCCGGGGGAACAUCCCGACCCUUGGCAGUGUGGCAGUGACCAUGGCACUACACGGCUGUGAUGAGGUGGCAGUUGCAGGUUUUGGCUACGACAUGAGCACGCCCAACGCACCCCUGCACUACUAUGAGACUGUGCGCAUGGCCGCCAUCAAAGAGUCCUGGACACACAAUAUUCAGCGAGAAAAAGACUUUCUGCGGAAGCUGGUGAAAGCGCAUGUCAUCACUGACUUAACCAGUGGCAUCUGAGGUGGGCAUGGCCACAGAGGUCCAUGCACUGCCAGGAGCAAGCAGCAGCCACCACCACCUGCCCACUUCAUUGGCCUCGGUCUGGCUCUGCCUGAGAGGCACAGGAGUCUUCAUACCCAGAGAAGGACAGUGCCAAGUGGCCCCAGGGGUGGCGAGGCCUUGGCGGGGCACCCAGAGCUGUGUCUGUUCAGAGGCCAGCCUCAGAGACCAGCACUCAGCCUCAGUCUCAGCCUAGGUCCUUGGAGCCAGAAGGCCGGGAGGCUACUGGCGGUGCCUAGCAGGCCCAGCAUGCAGGAGGUGGACAUUAGGCAGCAAGACUGCUGCUGGGAUCAUUUCUCCAAUCAGUGUUUGGUGUAUUAUCAUUUUGUGAAUUUGGGUUGGGGGGAGGGUAGGGAUAAUUUAUUUUUAAAUAAGGUUGGAGAUGUCAGUGUGGUCUACUUGCCCUACAGAAAGAGGCCCAGUAGAGGGCCCAUCAGGCAGCGGUACCAGUGGGCUCCCUGUAGAGUGGGAGAGCCAGGACUAGCCUGUGCCCCACUCUGAAACUAGCCUGUACCCUGCUCCGGAGCUACAGGGAGAUAGAUAGGAUCUCAUGCCAGCCCCCUUCAGCUCACGAUGCUGUUUGGCCUUUCUUGGGGAGAAGAUGGGAUAUUCCCAUUCACCAGCCCCUAGCUGUCCCACAGGGAAACCUUGGAGCCAUCCUUUAAGCCAACAAGACAGCCCCAGGCAACCCUCCCCGCCACCCCCCCACCACCACCACCGCAACUGAUCCAUAAGACGGUGCCCCAGGCCCAGGCUGACCAGCUUGGCAGCUGUUCUGGGUUUUUUUUUCCUGCUUUUUCUCCCCCAAUCCCCCCAGUACAUAGCUGUAUAUUUUAGUUGUGGAUCCUUUCAGUUGUGGCGUGUAGGACACUGCCUCAGCGUGGUCUGAUGAGCAGUGCCAUGUCCGCGCCCAGGAUCCGAACCAGUGAAACCCUGGGCUGCCGAAGCGGAGUGCGUGAACUUAACCACUCAGCCACAGCAUCGGUCCCUGUUCUGGGUUUUAACAAUGAGACUGUCAGGUCCUGGGGUUCUGCCUUUAGCCUGGACCAGAGGGAAGCGAGGCUCAAGGACCUUACCCAGGCUGUGGGCAGCAGUCCUGGGCAGCCACCAUGGAAGCAAUAAAGUUCUUCCCUGAA